AGGAUGAAGAUGGAAGACUCCGGGAGCCGUUCCGAGUCACGGAGCUGCGGGUGCCCACGCUGAAGCCCAUGGACCUGAUGGUGGAGGCCAGCCCGCGCAGGACCUUCGCCAACGCCCACACCUACCACAUCAACUCCAUCUCCGUCAACAGCGACUACGCCACCUACCUGUCUGCCGACGACCUGCGCAUCAACCUCUGGCACCUGGAGGUCACCAACAGGAGCUUCAACAUCGUGGACAUCAAGCCAGCCAACAUGGAGGAGCUGACGGAGGUGAUCACAGCGGCCGAGUUCCACCCGCACCACUGCAACGUGUUCGUGUACAGCAGCAGCAAGGGCACCAUCCGCCUGUGCGACAUGCGCUCGGCAGCGCUGUGCGACCAGCACUCCAAGUUUUUUGAGGAACCUGAAGAUCCUAGCAGCAGAUCAUUUUUUUCAGAAAUAAUAUCCUCGAUAUCUGAUGUGAAAUUCAGCCACAGCGGGCGAUACAUGAUGACAAGAGACUACCUGUCAGUCAAGGUGUGGGACCUCAACAUGGAGAACAAGCCUGUGGAGACCUACCAGGUGCACGAGUACCUGCGCAGCAAGCUGUGCUCCCUGUACGAGAACGACUGCAUCUUCGACAAGUUCGAGUGCUGCUGGAACGGCUCUGACAGCACCAUCAUGACGGGAUCUUACAACAACUUCUUCCGGACGUUUGAGCGCGGCUCGCGGCGCGACGCCACGCUGGAGGCGUCCCGCGAGAGCAGCAAGCCCCGCGCCGUGCUCAAGCCGCGCAAGGUCUGCACCAGCGGCAAGAGGAAGAAGGACGAGAUCACCGUCGACAGCCUGGACUUCAACAAGAAGAUCCUGCACACGGCCUGGCACCCCAUGGAGAACAUCAUCGCCGUGGCCGCCACCAAUAACUUGUAUUUAUUCCAGGAGAAGGUUAACUAGGGAUGGGCGGAGCGUGCUCUCGCGUAGUUCAGCUCGGUUGUUUAUCUGUACCAGAAGGCCUUGUUGUCCCAUCAGUGAGGAGCGUUGAUGCACUUUUUCCCUUGAGCUGUGGCAGAGAUCUGGCCUGGCUUGAGUUGCUGACGUGGUUCUGCCUGCGGGGGGUGGGGCCUGCGCUUUGGGGAGAGCCCUCCGAGGCAGAAUUGGUGGACGGUGCUCAAUGAGGCCAACACUCUAAACAAAUGUAUUUAUUGAUGUCUGAGCCUUCCUUUCCAGUUUAUAGACCAAAAGAAAUUUAACACCCGAGAAGAAAAAGUUGUCAUGAAAGUGUAAUUUCUCUCUCUCGCUCUCUCUGCUGUAAUAUUUGGGCCUUUCAGAACAUUUCUCGUGCUUGAUGCCUGUCCAUUCCUCCUGGGGCCCGGGCCAGCCCUGGCCCUGGAGCUCUGCAGGGCUUGAGGUGGGCCUAGGCAGGUGUCCAUGGCUAUUUACUCACCAACUGUACCUAUAACCACACCUUCUGGUGGAAACCACUUAAUAAAUAACAGCCUAGCAAACGUGUUCUUAGAGCUGGAGGGAUGUAUUCAGUCUUCUUUUUGUAUUGCAUGUCCUGAGCUGGUGCAGAACAGUUCCGGUGGCACCUCUGACAGGGUUUGCCCCAAAACACCGAGUUUUUGGCAGACUAAUACAAACUUUUUUGUGUAGUAUUUCAGAUUCUAAAUUUAGAGUUUCCAUGGCAUGGUCAUAGAGUUGGAGUUGCACUGGAUUUGUUGUCAAAGGCUCUGUGUGUGCCAAGUAGGAGAUGGAAAGGGUCCUAAAACAUCCACAGCCUUAACCAAGUGUCGGCCUUGCACGGAGGGAACCAAACCAUUGCCACCUGCUCUGCUCUGGGGGCAGAAAUGCAGCUGCUCUGGUGCAUCUCAGCCUCAGCCAGAGACAGACCUGACGUGCAUUAUGGUUUUUAACCUUUUUAGUCUUUGUCAGGAAGGGAACAGUUUAUUUUAAGUAUUUGCUGUAGUAUCUUGUAUUUCCCAGUGCAGUUGCAGAGCCACUCCGGGCAGUGCAGCCCAGGCUGGCGGGACCGCAGCUGCUGGAGCUCUCUUGCUCACUUGUUUUAAGCCUUAGGUACUUUCUUUCUUUUUCUUUCUUUCUUUCUUUCUUUCUUUGUUUUUCUUUUCUUCCAAAGAGGCCUAAAUCACAUCCCCUUCCCCCGGAGGAGCCGGGGCCACGUCCAGCAGCCCGAGGCUGCGCUCUGCCAGGUGCCUGCAGCCCGGGGGCUCCUCCCAGGUGUGCUUACACUCCGUUCUCCGGCAGCAAGGGCGCGUUCCAUUCCGAGAGCGAGCCGCGGCCGUCCCGCCCCUCGGUACCGCCCAGCCCCGGCUCCCGGGAGCGGGGGAAGGACGAAGGCUGAGCUCUCCCCGGAGAGGCUGGCUCGGCUGUAGGCUGGGGUGACACUUUGGAGCUCAGAUGUGGAACUGGGGGGUGGCUGGAGCCCUGGUCCGACCGCGUUCCCAACGCCUGCUCGAGCCGAUCCGUGGGGUUGUACAUAAUUGUUCAGUUCUUUUGACCAAAAAGUUUAAUAAAUUUUAAA